GCGAGCGAGAGCUGGUGUGUAGCAGCAGCAGCUCACGCGCAAGGCGGUCCGCGCGCUCCACACAGAUCGAUAGAGGACUUGCGCGUUGUAUGGAAGCAGCUGCAACAGCAACAGCAGCACCCGCAAGUCUCUCGCGACGGUCCGCAAAGUUCAUAACACACCGUGUACACACACACACUGUAUAUACGGGGAGCACUAGUUCUCGAGACAACAUCAUCUCUCUCAGCCAUCAGCAGCAGCAGCAGCAGCAGAUAACAGCGAGGGGGGAAGUUCUCUGCGAUCUACAUGUGAAGUGUUCAAAGUGUCGAUCGCUUCGCGGCUCUGUGCCCGUACAUAAACUCUUUUCCCUCCUCUCUGGUAUACAUAAUAUGCAAAGCGACGUCAUUGGCACAUAUAUCAGUUCUUUCCUCCAGGCCGAUUAGUUCAUCGCGUACACAUACGUACGCAGUGUGUUUAAUCGUGCAUCGGAGUGCGUGUGCGUGUGUGUAUAUAAACCGCGUGUGCGUGCGUGUUCGGUGCUGCAUAAUAUUAUAUGCAUAUACUGGAUCCUCGCGGCCAAGGAACUUGACCGACUUCGCUUAUAUAUAGCCUGCACGCACUAUAAAAAUAACCGGUGCUCUCUUUAUAAUACGUAUCAUGGCGCAAAACGGCGGAAGCGCGGAUGCAGCCGCGGCGGUGAAAAAUCUCAGCGGCAACGUGGCCAAUCUCAAGGUGAGCGAGGCCGAGCAGAAGCGCUCCAAUAGCGCCAGUCCCGCGCCGGGCAACAACGACAAUAGCAGCAACAACAGCAACGGCAGCGGCGGUUCCUUUAUCGCAAGUUUCAAGGCCUUCUCGAAAUUCGGAGACACCAAGAGCGACGGAAAACACAUUACUCUGAGCCAGAGCGACAAGUGGAUGAAGCAGGCCAAGGUCAUCGACGGCAAGACCAUCACGACGACCGAUACCGGCAUCUUCUUCAAGAAACAAAAAGCUAUGAAGCUGAGCAUCGAGCAGUACAAAGCUUUCCUCGAGGAAUUAGCCAAGAGCAAGAAAAUGGAGGUGGCCGACAUCAAGAGCAAACUGGCCAAUUGCGGACCGCCCGGCGUCACCGGACCAUCGGUCAACACCAAGGCCAUGUCGGCGGUCGAGAGGCUCACGGACGUGUCCAAGUACACGGGCUCGCACAAGCAGCGCUUCGACGAGACGGGCAAGGGCCGCGGCAUCGCCGGCCGCAAGGACGUCGUCGACAAGUCCGGCUACGUGCAGGGCUACCAGAACAAGGACAGCUACAAGGGACAGUAAAUCUAAUUGCUACUCGCCCUACGAUCCGCAUUAUUAUUGUAACAGAUCAUCAAUUUUUAUCAUCCGUUUUACAUGUUUAUUGUGUAGAGCCGGAGCAGCUAUCUCAAGCGCAUAUCACACGAUUGAGCGUCACGACUGUGGCGAUGUAUAAUCUGCGCCGAAGAAAAAAAAAAUCAGUGCAGGUCCCAGAAAAUGAUACGCUUUAUUUGCACCCUAUACGUUUACCUCUAUUGUAUUGUAUCGUCGUGCGCAUCGGAUUUAUAUUAUCAUCGAUCGUCGUUUACGCACACAUUGUAAUGACAUUAUAAUAAUUAUAAUUAUUAUACGGAAUCGUACAUGUUGAACAAAAAAAAAGAAAGAGAUUUUUAUGUAUACACACGUAUAUUUACAUCCUAUAUAUUAUUGUAUAGAAUAUAUAACAAAAAAAAAAUACAUGUCAUCGUUGCAUUUCUAAAUCGAUAUAGGCGAGAGAACAAAAAAAAUUAUUUAUUGUAUAGAACAAUCGAUUAUGCGUAUAAUAUAACGUAUCGUCAAAGUCGUUCGCGCAAUCUCAAACUGUGUUAAUAUUUAUAAUAUCGAUGUGAUUGAUUUGACAGAAGUUAGCAGCGAAAAUGACACCGAUUUGUUCUGCUCAUUCUAAAUCAAAAUCAAAUUCAAAAAAUGAGAAGUCGGUGCAUUUUCACUUCGCGCAGCUUUGUGUUUGCAGCCGCGUUUCAACCACAUAUGAAUACAUUGCAAUACCGAUUAAUUAUAAUGAAAAAAUGAACAUUUUAAAUUUUAUAUAGACAUUUAGACGUUCCCCGUUUUCAUCUGUAAUUUUAUAUUAUAACAUAGUUAUCAUGUAGCAUUGCUCCUAUAUGAUUCGUUGAACCAAAAAUUGUUGUAGUCUAUUAUUAACUCAAUACGUUAUUUUGUUGUGACUGUUUUGUAACAUAUGUGUGAACAAUUGACUCGAAAUUAUCUUCCGCCAUAUAUAUUCAUAAAAAUAAAACAGCGAGGUACUGAAUUUUUUAAUAACAAGUGCUUUUUCACUGCUGCAGAACGAACAAAAUUUUAGUAAAUAUGUCUUUUCUCUAAUGUUGAUUAAAUUCAUAGAUUCGAGUCAUAGAAAAGAAAGACUUGAAAAAACAAACACAAUCAAAUGUGUUCAAUUGACUUAUCCAUUACUCAGGUAAACUUUGUAUUUUAUUUCAAUAAUGACAAUUUCGGUAAGUUCUUUAUCCAUGGAAAAACAUUUUUAAUAUGAAUAUAGAGAAUUUAGAAUUUCGAUGCAUAUGUACAACUUUUGAAAAAUGUCAACAAUAAACUGCACAACAAACUUGAAAACUUAAGCUUUGAGUUUUAAAGCUCGGUCUAACUAGUAUUUUUCAAUUGUUUAGCUUGACUUUACUACGUACUUUUGCAUACUUUUACAUGCGACGUUUAAUGUAACUUGGACGUUUAAAAAAUAUGCUAAAG